CAAGAAUUUGGGCAGUUGGGGAGGCAGUAACCGUUUAUACGCUUUGUGCGUACUUUGGAAAACUUUCGUCUUUGACGCUCCAGGUUUGACUUAUACGUGAAGCGGGGCGCGUCUUUACGUGGAGACAACUCCGCCCAUUCCUGACUCACAGCAGGACGACGUAUCUCAGCAACCAGCUGCCCGGCAUUGGGCUCCGCAGGCCGCAGGAUCAACAGAGUCCCGGACAGAACCAAGAAGUCGCCUCUUCAAAGGGACUAAAGGUUAUGGACUGGAGCUGAAACUCAGCCAAGGCCGCCAUGAAUGACCGGUACCACCGGGCGGCCCGGGACGGCUACCUGGACAUUCUGAAGGAAGCCACACGGAAGGAGCUGAACGCCCCGGACGAAGAUGGGAUGACGCCGACCUUAUGGGCCGCUUACCACGGCAAUCUGGAGGCUCUGCGGCUCAUCGUUGGCAGAGGAGGUGAUCCAGACAAAUGUGACAUCUGGGGGAACACGCCACUCCAUCUGGCAGCUGCCAACGGCCACCUCAGUUCGCUCUCCUUCCUGGUGGCUUUCGGUGCCAACCUUUGGUGUCUGGACAAUGACUAUCACACACCUCUGGACAUGGCAGCCGCCAAGAGCCACAUGGAGUGUGUUCGAUAUUUGGACUCCACUGCCUCCAAGCAGAUCACCCUCAACCCAAAGCUGGUCAGUAAGCUGAAGGACCGAGCAUUUCGGGCUGCAGAGCGUCGCAUCAAAGACUGUGAGAAGCUCCAAAUGAGGCACCGGGAGCGCAUGGAGAAGAAGUUCAUGAAGGAGUCAGUGGCUCUGGACAACCUGGAUGCUAUUAGCUUCUCCAGCUACACCAGCAGCAGCACACUAAGCCGCAAGUUCAACACAGUCACCUCCAACAUGCCAUAUUCACAGGCCACACUGCAUUCAACAGCCAAGGGCAAGGCCAAGAUUCAGAAGAAACUGGAAAAGAAGAAGCAGGUAGAUGGAUCGUUCAAAAUCUACGAAGAUGGGAGAAAGAGUAUUCGCUCGCUCACUGGCUUGCAGCUUGGUAGCGACGUCAUGUUCCUCAAACAAGGCACCUACGCCAACCCCAAAGAGCGGGCCCGUCUCAACAUCCGGGACAUGUUCCCCCGGGAAAAUGAUGAUGAUGUUGACACAGUUUCUCGUGCCAUGAGUGAUCCAGGCCUCUAUGAAGCUGCCUAUUCAGAAAUCAGUGCAGACUCUGGGCGGGACUCCCUUUUCACACGGCCUGGGCUUGGCACCAUGGUGUUUAGAAGGAACUAUAUGACAGGUGGCAUGUUCGGGAUUGGAGGACGAGAUGAAGGAAGUGUUGUAGGAAGUGAACCUGUUGGUCGAGCACCUAAUGUCCGUCUCCGUGGACGCCUGCCUCAGCGCUCUCCUAGCUUUGAUGAAGACAGUAUUGGCAGUGCGUUUAGCCUACAGGAGACGAACCUGCAAGAAUUACCUUGGGAAGAGAUUGACAUCGGGUUGGAUGAGGAUAUGGAGCCAGAGAAUAACCCUCUGGAAACUUUUCUAGCCUCUCAGGGCCUGAGUGAAUUCAUGCCGAUCCUCAGUCGGGAGAAGAUUGACUUGGAAGCCCUGUUGCUAUGUUCAGAUCAGGACCUCAGUAGCAUUCAUAUCCCAUUAGGCCCUAGAAAAAAGAUGCUAGAUGCCUGCAAGAGGCGUCUCGAUGUUCUUGAAGAACCAGAAGCAAUUGAGGACUCUGCGCUUUGAGACUUUAUCUGUUUUAAAGCGGGAGUAUCACAUUACGUCUUCAUUCCCAGCAAAUAUAUUCAUGACAUACUUUGGCUCAUAUUGCAUAUUAUCAUGAGGCAAAACAGAGCAUGUAUUGGCUUUGAUCAUUUUCAUCACUAAUCAUCAGGAAAUAGUAUGUUUUGGUUCCAAUUCAAAAUCAUCAAAGGUAAAGCAUGUCAACAAAUGCAAUUAUGGCCCUUUAUCGGUUCAGUCACUGGUGUGGGUUUGUUCAUCUCCAAAGAAUCAUUGCCACCAUCUUGUGGCUACCAUUUGUAACUCCACUCAAUUUCAUGCUGUAGGUUCUCCUACCAAAGAAUUGUCAAGAACAUAGUUUAUUUGUAUUUUGUGACAUGAUAUUAUGUAUAUUUACAUAAAUGUAAAUCUGUCUCCAUAUUAUGAGUCUAGACACACACAAAUAUUAACAAACUAAACAAAACUAAUUACAAACUUUACAAUAAGAUACAGGUUUUGAUUUUAACAUUUUUCCACAAACAGGUAGGUUUCUAUUGAUUCACCGCCAAUAAAUUCUGCUUUAUUGUUACUGUAGAUCUCUUGCUCCAUUGAAGAAAAAUCAAAAUUCAAAUAUUGUACUUUAAAACAAAAUAUUAUUGUUUGGCACGUGUACAUUAUUGACCAUAUUGUAUGUUUGUGAUCGAAACUAAUCUAAGACUGCUGCAGACAUGGUGGUAACAGUAAGACGAUGUGGUGUCAGGACUAAGUUACGUAAGUUUGCAUAAGAUAAAGCUACAGUUUCAGGUUGCUGCAUGUCGCAUCACCUUUCAGCCCUUUCAGAGGACAUGACCCUGCAUGUAUGAUCAUUUUUAUUUUUAUUUUGUAAUAACUGCCUGAAAAUGUUCACACAAACAUUAUAUCUUUUAUUAAAAUAAAAUAAAAGAGUUGAGUGU